AUGGGAGCAGGCAAUGAUACCCACAUUUCAGGAUUUCUUCUUCUGGGAUUAUCAAAUGAUGAAGAACUUGAGCUCCUCAUAUUUGCAGUUUUCCUCUCCAUGUACCUGAUCACCGUGUUUGGAAAUCUACUCAUCAUCCUGGCCGUCGGCUCAGACUCCCACCUCCACACCCCCAUGUACUUCCUCCUGGCUAACCUGUCCUUUGUAGACAUCUGUUUCAUCUCCACCACCGUCCCCAAGAUGCUGAUGAAUAUACAGACCCAGAGCAAAGUUAUAACCUAUACAGGAUGCAUCAGCCAGGUCUGUUUUUCAAUACUCUUUGCAGGCUGGGAUGACUUUCUCCUGGCCUUGAUGGCCUAUGACCGGUUCGUGGCCAUCUGUCACCCCCUGCACUACAGGGUCAUCAUGAACCCCCGGCUCUGUGGACUGCUGGUUCUGGUGUCCUGGAUCAUGAGUGUCCUGAAUUCCUUAUUACAGAGCUUAAUGGUGUUGCGGUUGACCUUCUGUACAGAUGUGGAAAUCCCCCACUUUUUCUGUGAACUCAAUCAAAUGAUCCAACUUGCCUGUUCUGAUACAUUUGUUAAUGACACAGUGCUAUAUAUUUCAACUGUGUUGCUGGCUGGUGGCCCCCUGGCUGGGAUCAUUUACUCUUACUCUAAGAUAGUUUCCUCCAUACGUGGAAUCUCAUCAGCUCAGGGCAAGUAUAAAGCAUUUUCCACCUGUGCAUCUCACCUCUCAGUUGUUUCCUUAUUUUAUUGUACAGUCCUCGGAGUGUACCUUAUCUCUGCUGCUACCCAGAGCUCCCAUGCAAGUGCAGUGGCCUCAGUGACGUACACGGUGGUCACUCCCAUGCUGAACCCCUUCAUCUACAGCCUGAGGAACAGAGACAUAAAGGGGGCUCUAACAAGAUUUUUUAAGAGGGCAACUAUAAAAGGGACAAUUGUCCUCGUAGUGAAAAAGUGCCCUUGA